AUGGCACCUAAUAAGGAAUGGAUGCAACUUGUUCAAGAUAGACUUGAUAAUGCUUACAUCAUUGCGGUGGAGAAAUUUUUGGAUUAUGCUUUUACAAAAUUGGGAGAAACACAAGAAAUACGUUGUCCAUGCAUCAGGUGUUGUAAUGAAUCUUCCAAAACUCAUGAGAUGGUUAGGUCACAUCUAUUAGUGUAUGGAAUAAUUCAGAGUUAUACUUUUUGGUAUCAUCACGAGGGGAGGUUAGGUCAGCCAGAGUCAGAUUUUGAAUUCGUAGAGGACAAUAACAUUGAAAAUGAUGAUGAUGAGGAUGAAAUGCAUGAGCUCUUAAGGGAUUUACACCCUGAUUUCAUUGAAGAGAAUAUGAACACUAACAGUGAUGAUUUUGUUGAGGAAGAACCAAAUCCUGAAGCAAAACGAUUCUACGGCCUAUUAAAUGAUUAUGAACAACCAUUAUAUGCUGGUUCGAAAGAAAGAAAACUUUCUACUUUGAUUAAGUUACUUCAUAUUAAAAGUAUUAGCCAAUGGAGUAAUGCUUCAUUCACAAUGUUGUUGAAGAUGCUAAAGGCAGAUUUAUUGCCUGAUGGAUCAAACUUGCCAGAUUCAUAUUACAAGGCAAAGAAGGUAAUUCGAAAUCUUGGACUUUCUUAUCAGAAUAUAGAUGCGUGUAAAAACAGUUGCAUGUUAUACUGGAAGGAUGAUAAGAUUCUCGAAUUAAUAAAAGUGUGUGGCGCAUCUAGAUGGAAGGAGAAUCAAUGCAAUGGGGAAACACAAUCUAAACGUGGUAAAAAAAUACCAUGCAAGAUUUUACAUUAUUUUCCUCUAAAGCCAAGACUUCAGAGAUUGUUUAUGUCCUCAAAAACAUCUUCUUUGAUGAGAUGGCAUCAUGAUGAAAGAGUUGCUGAUGGAAUAAUGAGGCACCCAGUUGAUUCAGUUGCAUGGAAGAGACUUGAUGAACUUCAUCCAUCUUUUGGUAUUGAGCCUCGUAAUGUUCUACUUGGACUUGCUAGUGAUGGUUUUCAACCAUUUAAAAAUUCGAAAACUCCAUAUAGAAUUUGGCCUAUGGUACUUAUUCCUUAUAAUUUGCCACCUAGGUUAUGCAUGAAGCAAGAAAAUUUUAUUUUAGCGAUGCUUAUUCCUGGUCUUGAAAGUCCCGGGGAUGCAAUUGAUGUGUAUCUCCAACCUUUGAUAGAUGAAUUAAAGGAAUUAUGGGAAACUGAAGUUGAGACCUUUGAUGCGUCAGCUAAAUAA